AUGGUGAUCUGUUCCGCGGAUUCGAUGGCCUCUUCGGGAUCCUCAGGGGGAUCGAGCAAGGUCUGGAUCGCGCACGGGAUUGUGUUGGGGGCGGCGGUGGUGGCCGGGGCCUACGCGGCGUUCUACCUCCGCUGGUCUGGUGGCUUCAGGACACGGGUCGUGGGGAUCAUCCCUGCGCGAUUCGCCUCCAGCCGCUUAGAGGGAAAGCCUCUCGUCCAGAUCCUCGGCAAGCCCAUGAUACAGGUGAAGAUGCGCUCAUUUACUUCAAUGCAUUGUCACCGUGUGUUUGUCUACUCAUUUCUUCUGGGUUAAUAUCUGUCGGUCUUCUCGAGCGUCAUUCAAAUUCACAUCGGAUGUGAUCCGACACUGCACACGACCGGUGAGCAAGUAGAAAACCAAUUUUCACGCAAUUACUGUCUUCGGGAGAAAAGAGUAUGGCGCCUCUCCACAUGUUCAGUUUAGUGUAGAUGUUAAAGGAUACUGACAGAAACGGUGAAAUCCUCAUAAAGUAAUACGGGUAAUGCGUCCUCUCGAAUAUUCAUGGAAUAAUUCCGUGUUGGGGGGUUGUUCUACUGUCGACUGUCUCCUGGGGUUCUGAUCGGUCGAUAUAAGUAUUAUUUUCUGAGAAAAUGUCUGACAUUGUGUUUUUGAAACUUUACCCGGAUCUUCCUGAAUGUCCGAAAUGCGGGGCUUUUUGGACAUGAUAUCAAUAGUUUUUCACAGCCUUCCCCUCUCAUCUGCAAAAGCUAGCUAGUGGAAUAGUUGAGUAUUAUCAUUAGCAUGUCUACAUUUACCUCAUCAAAUGAACUGACAGUAGUCUAUGAGGUAUUCAUGUAAACUUGAAACUCAAUCAGUUAUAAGUUCGAAGCUCUAUUUUUCGAAAUUAUUUAUCAUGUUCUAUCCAUCUUCUUAAAAAAUCUUUAAAGAUCAGUUGACCUUGUUUCUCCGAAUCUCUGGAUUAUGCACAGCAUGAAUAAAGAAAAAUGUAGGUCGCGGAUACUGAGACAUCCUCGUUUUACUAAAAUUAAGACAAUGUGAUUGCAUUAAUGAUGCUGCGAGCUAGUUAUUUCUUUGCAGAGGACGUGGGAGAGGUCAAAGUUGGCUACCACACUGGAUCAUGUAGGUAUAAUCAUACUGCCGCCAUUUUCUCAUUACUCAUAUCCUGUUGUUUCCGUGCCGUGCUUCACCUUUCAGUCAGCUCUUAACCAGUCUGAUCCUCAGUGUAAAUUUUUUUAGUUUUCAGUCGAAUUGGUCGUGAUGUUAAGGCACCCUGUCAUGGAUCACUGAUCAGAAAUUUCUUUCUGAAUUUCUGAUGACCAUAUAUCGGUUAAAUUUUCCAAGCGCUGUUUAAUGAUUUAUUAUGUACGAAAUUAUGUAUGAGGAUUACUAUCAGCACCCCCUCCCACUCUUAUAACGUGCUGAAAAUUACAGCUAAUAGAUCUUACUAUAGUGCAGAGAAUGGAUGAUGUUGGGUCUGCUUGUAACACUGAUUAAAUGAUGAUUAUUGCUUUGACUUGGCUGAUAAACUAAUAUUCGUCAGAUUGCACUUCAUGGCCUUAAUAAUGUGAUGGGGGAACAAUAUCGCCAAAAUAGUUAUGGCGUGGCUUCUAAUGAACUUUCUAAUCUUUGGGAUAUACCAUCAAACUAGACAAACGAUUUCACAAAUCUACUCAUUACUCGACCACUGCCAAACUAACCAAGCUUGCCCAUCUUAUACAGUAUGUAACAGAUCUCUCUUCGACAACUUUCCCUUGCCAUUCACAAUUGUUCUAGCCAUGUUUUCAUAUUACAGCUUGAACUCGAAACCCAAGUGAGAAUGCAAGCCUGGUGAAUGUGUUGGAAUCCUCUGGUUCGAUUCGGAAGGAAGAUAAUUGAACGGAACAGGAAAUCAAACUAGAACGGAAUAUCGAGCAUCUCUGUCCACAAUAACAGGAAAGUAAGGAGGGGAAAAGAACGGAGAGAGAGGGGUGUCCAGAGGACGCCUCUAGGGUUUGGGGAGGAGGUAAUUCGAGAGACCCCCGGCUCUCCCUGUCGAUCCCUUUUUCUGGAUGCCUUUAUUGUUCCCUUCGACCACCUUUUUAUGUCUCCCCUCGAUAGGCAGCCCUAUUCCAAAUUGCUAUUCAUUCCUCAGUAAGUUGCCCCUCCUCUUUCGGGCGUAUGUUAAACGGACUGUUGGCCGGGAAAUGGGUAUAACAGAAUGUUAUUCCAUGCUGUAGUGGGACGAGGUAAGGAGGAGGUGUAGGGCAUGUAGUCAUUAUGCUCUGUGAACAAGAAUGGCCAUGAGGAAUGGGUGAGUAGAGGACGAAGACGACUACAUUUGCUUUUGAUAUUGGGUGCCACAACCUUUCUCGGUCUCCUGCACUGCGCUUUAGCUAACUAUACAUAGUGAAGCCCUCAGGUUUAAGGAGCUGGGGAAAUAAGUCUCAUAGUUUUAAAUGAAAAAUAAUUGCCUAUCUUAUUUGGUUAUGCUGCUUAUACUUAUUGUUCAUUUGUGUUUUAAGGGCAUAUGUGAAGUACCCAUGAUGAUACGAAAAUAAUCUCUAUAAUAUUUUAGAUAAUUUAAUAUAAAAAUGCCUCAAACUCCCGUUUUUUAUCUGUUUCUGGUUGAUCACGGUUUACCAUUUUUCGUGGGGCUUGAUUGCUAGAUUAUCCCAGGUGAUCAUAUUAAGAUCAUUUCAUCGUCUGCAGCUGGUAGAUUACUUUAAUAUGUUUUUUAAGCCCUUUUUUAAAAAAUUGGGCAGUAGCCUUCUGGUUCUUUAUCGCUUCAAAUUGUAUUUCUUCUAUGUCCAUGAUUAUCGUUUAUUAAAUCAUUCUCAGAAUUAUUUUCCUCUCAUUUUUAAAGUUAUAUUUCCAUUCUCUCUCAGUUGUGGCAACAGAUGAUGAAAGGAUAGCAGAGUGCUGCAGGAGCUUUGGAGCUGAUGUGAUAAUGACAUCAGAAUCUUGUCGAAAUGGUUAGGGCAUCUUCUGUGCCUGCCCUGCGACCAGAAGAGUUUAAGUUAUUUUCUACCCUGAAAUCACUCGGAAUUUGUUUCCCAGGAACUGAGCGUUGCAAUGAAGCACUCCAGAAGCUUGUGAAAAAGUAUGAUGUCGUUGUAAACAUUCAGGGUGAUGAGCCUCUCAUUGAACCAGAGAUAAUAGAUGGUGUCGUGAAAGCUUUACAGGUGAUCUUCUUUUUUUCUUUCUUUUUUUUAAUAAAUAUUCUUUCUGGGAGAAUACCUAACCCUUGCAUGGCAUGCUUGAUGUGUAUCUAUGUAUAUUUAAUAAUUGGAAUAAAAAUAAUAAUUUAAUGGUUAUACUGCUAGGGAGCUCCUGAUGCGGUGUUCAGCACUGCUGUGACAUCCCUGAAACCUGAAGAUGGAGCCGACACCAACCGUGUGAAAUGUAUUGUGGACAAUCAUGGCUAUGCUAUCUAUUUCUCCAGGGGUUUGAUCCCAUACAACAAGUGCGUGCGGCCUCCUUGCGCCUGGAAAUAUCUCCAGGAUUUGAAUCUAAUUUGAAAAAAAAAAAUUAUUAUUUUUAUUAUUAUUAUUAUUAUAUGUUUGAAUGUUCUGUAGGUCGGGAAAAGUCAACCCAAAGUUCCCCUACCUGCUCCAUCUUGGUAUUCAGGUCUUGAUUUAUUGUUUUGGUUGCGAUUUUUAUUUUAUUUUUUUACAAAUCCGGAAGAAAACAAAAAAAAAGGGAAAGAAAUCCUGGCAGCUGACCACUGACUUUCUCUUCAGAGCUACGACUCCAAGUUCUUGAGGAUCUAUCCGGACCUCCCCCCCACUCCCCUGCAGCUGGAGGAAGAUCUGGAGCAGCUGAAGGUUCUUGAGAACGGGUACAAAAUGAAGGUGACUGCAGAGAAUGCGAGUACUCUUUCCAUGAUUCCUUUUAUAGUAACUGUACCUGGUUUUAUUCGGUCACAGGUGAUCAAGGUCGAUCACGAUGCUCACGGUGUCGACACCCCCGAGGACGUCGAGAAGAUCGAAGCCCUGAUGCGAGAGAGGAACCUGGCAUAG